AUGAGUCUGAGUCGUACCAAGAGAAUCAGCUCCAGCAGCUCAGUGCGGAGCAGCAGCGCGUCCAGGAGGCUGAGCGGCUACGGUCCAGGUCAGGGAGCCUUCACCGGCGUCUCCCUGAGCAGCAGCUCUCUGUACGCCGGUGCCAACGGGCAGCACCACGGCCUGGGGGCCCCCCUGACGUCCCUGUCGGUCAACAAGAGCCUGUUGGCCCCCCUGAACCUGGAGAUCGACCCCAACCUGUCGAUGAGCCGAGCCCACGAGAAGGAGCAGAUCAAGAGCCUCAACAACCGCUUCGCAAGCUUCAUCGACAAGGUGCGUUUCCUGGAGCAGCAGAACAAGAUGCUGGAGACGAAGCUGGAGCUGCUGCAGGGUCAGGGGGUGGGCCGCUCCAACGUGGAGCCCCUGUUCGAGGCCUACAUGGCGGGACUGAGGCGCCAAAUGGACCUGGUCAACAACGACAAGACCAAACUGGACGGGGAGCUGAGGAACAUGCAGGGCCUGGUGGAGGACUAUAAACACAAGUACGAGGACGAGAUAAACAAGAGGAACAACCUGGAGAACGACUUUGUUAUCCUGAAGAAGGAUGUGGACUCGGCCUACCUGGUGAAGGCAGACCUGGAGGACAAGGUGGGAGCUCUGACUGACGAAAUCAACUUCCUGCGCAACGUCUACGAUGAGGAGCUGCGUGAGCUGCAGGCCAGCAUCAAGGACACGUCGGUGGUGGUGCAGAUGGACAACAGCCGCAGCCUGAACAUGGAGCAGAUCGUGGCUGAGGUCAAAUCCCAGUAUGAGGACAUCGCAGCCCACAGCCGAGAGGAGGCCGAGGCCUGGUACAAGAGCAAGUUCGACCAGAUGUCGGUCCAGGCUAGUCAGUUCGGAGACGAGCUCCGCGUUGUGAAGGGCGAGGUCGCCGAGGUCACCCGACUGAUCAGCCGGCUGCAGAGCGAGAUAGAGGCCGUCAAAGCUCAGCGUGGCGGUCUGGAGAACCAGCUGGCUGAGGCGGAGGAGCGGGGGGAGCUGGCUGUGAAAGAAGCCAAGGCCCGAACCCGAGAUCUGGAGGACGCCCUGCAGAGAGCCAAGCAGGACAUGGCCAGACAGCUCCGAGAGUACCAGGACCUGAUGAACCUGAAACUGGCUCUGGACAUUGAGAUCGCCACCUACAGGAAGCUGCUGGAAGGAGAGGAGGACAGACUGGGACACCAGUCCAUCCUCAACAUCCAGGCCGUCUCCAGCUACAGUACUAAAAGUAAUAACGGUUACCACAGCAACAGCAGCUCUCCUGCUCCAAAACUGCUGAUAAAGACGACUGAGACCAGAGAUAACAGCAGAUACAGCACACACUGAGCAACACAC